UAGAAUUUUACAACACAAGAAGUUUUCAAACCACAAUCAAAGAUGAAAGGUGACACGCCGCACUCAAAAUUAAAGAUCACAUUAAGGCUUUAAUCAUUCAAAGAUUACUUCCACCAAAAUAUGUCCCAGCUCCUAUUGUUUGAGAUAUUCCAGCAUUUCAUCAUUUUUUUAUUCACUGCUUUUCUGAUACAGUCCUCUUUUUGAAAAAGUUUUAUUUUGAUUAUUUCUUUAUGUUAGAGAAGAAGAUGUUGAAGAACUUUGUUCUGUUUAUGCUCUGAGAUACUUUUCUAGCCUGACUACUUUUGAUACUGAAUAUUUAUCUCUUCUAUUUGAAGCUUUGCCUCUGUUCAAAGAGAUUAAACUAGUCAUCACUCUCAUAGGAUCUGCAAGUUCAUCAAUUCUACAACCUCUUAGAGACAUGGUUGAACGAAGCCACAGCUUUGAUAUACCAGGAGCUGAGAUAACUGAUCUAAGAAUGGCUCUUUAUGAGCGGAAAGAAGUAGUCGAGAGGCUCCAAGACGAGUUAGACGCAGAGAGGGAAGCAUCUGCCACGUCAGCGAGCGAGGCUAUGUCAAUGAUUCUCAGGCUGCAAGGAGAGAAAGCCGAGCUGGCCAUGGAAGCUGGACAGUACAAGAGAAUAGUCGAAGAAGAAAUGUCUCACGCUGAGAUGUCCUUUGCGCUGCUAGAGGAUUUUAUUUACCAGAAGGAGGUUGAGAUCACUGCGCUUGAGUAUCAAGUGGAAGCUUAUAGAAGCCAGCUUAUGAGCUUGGGGUAUAGUGAGUUUAAUAGCUUGGAUGUUAAGCUUCAGGAGGAUGAGGUGAAUCAUCAUCUGUCGCUACUGAGUGAUAGGUCUCAGACUCCAGAGCUGGUGGAUGAUCUUUCUGAACCUGUGGAGAAGGAAGUUAUUGAGCAGAGUUUGGAUUCACAGAAGAGUUCUUUAGAUGUGUACUGGGAACAGAUCAAGAAGCUGGAUGAGCAAGUGAAAGAGCUUACACAUUUUAGAGACUCCAUGCAAUACAAGACUUCGUUGACUGAGUCUGGAGUAAACAAGGGAGAAGGAGAUGUUGCAAGCUCAUCAAACUCUCGUGAAAGGAAAGAGGGAGCAAAGGGUUUGUGUAAAACUGAGGAAACUCUGGUGAUAAAAGUUGCAAAGCAGACAAAGAUGGACAAAAGAUCACCUAGACAGACGAGAGACAGAAGCGGCAAGAGAAACCGUGCAGAGUAUCAAUCUGAACUUCAGCGGUUGAGACAGAGAGUAGAGAGGCUGGAGAGGGAAAGAACUAAGACAGAGCCUGAAACUAGUGGAGUGGUCAAGGAAGAAGAGAUUAGUCUAGUGAGGGAAACCAAAGAGGAGGUAAGUUCUGUGAAAUCAUCUGAAGUGAAGAGCGAGAAUAGAUUGGACAAUCUACAACCUUGGAUAGACCCAGCCAUUGUUUCCAUUCAAGAGGCAAUGCUUUACUUCUGGCUAUGAGACAAAGAAAAGAAAGUGAAAAGAUUUUUGUGUUAUGUUGAGUGUUGGUCAUUGUGUUCUGUUCAUCUUGUAUAUUUGUGUGUAAAUAUGUAUUGAGAAGAACAAGUUAGACUCAUUGAGUGAUAGACAAUGUGUACUGUUUUUUUUCUUCCAGCAAGUUAUCAAAACCAGCA